UUCUCAUCAUGUCAUUCGCUGGGAAAUAUGAGCUGGAGAGUCAAGACAACUAUGAGGAAUUUCUGGAAGCAAUCGAUUUCCUCAAGGCCAAGACGGACCACAAAGUGGUGACUGAGGUGAUUCAGGAUGGGGACCACUUCACCUGGACUCAGUCCAUCCCCAACUGGACCUGGACUAGUGAGUUCACCAUUGGUCAGGAAAGUGAGCUGGUGUCAAUGAAAGGCCAGAAAUUCAAGGCUGUAGUAACUAAGGAAGACGGGAAGGUUUUACUCCAGUUCCCAGAGUACCACUUCACCGCAGAAAUGGUCGAUGACAAGCUCGUAAUGACUUGCGUAACUCCGGGGGAAAAGGGCGUGACUUUCAAGAGGGUUUUCAAGAGGAUUUAAAACUACAAGACCCAACAGGAAAAAAUAAAUAAAUCCAAUUUGAAGUGAAAAUGGAAAAGGCUUUUUGUAACGCAACACUGAAUUAGAUUGUUAGUUUUGGGUGUGACUGUGCAGAAAUGAAGUUACGCAACGUUUGACGGCUGUUCUGGAUUUAAGGACUGAUCCAACUCAAUUCAGCCACAUUUAGUUUGUUUAGCCAGGCUGAACAUACUCAAACUGUGUUUGUGAUUUUUAUUGUGUUUGCCCGAGUUUAAUUUCAUGAAAUGUGUCGUUUGGACAGAAGUACUG